AUGCACCGAGCAUCGUUCGGCCGCCAUUACUGCGUGACGUCCGCCGGUGAGUGGCAGUGGCAGUGGCAGUGGCGGGCCAAACAAGGGUCGUGUGCUUGCACGCCGCUUGCCCAGGACAUGAUGGCGCGGACACGUUACGAUGUGAAACAACGAGGCCACGCCCCGUGCUCGUUCUUACGGCUUCCCCGCUCGAAAUUAAGCCGUGCGAGGCGCUCGUGUGCGGGCAUUGAUAACCUGGAAGCGAUACGCGGGGUACCCACCCUCAGCGAGCGCUGCGCGUUGCGUGCUCACCCCGCUCGCCUCCGCGCUAAUUGCGCCGCUCUCACAGCGGCCGCGCACCCA